CCACCAGGGCUCCAAAUAAAAGUAAUAAAAUAAAAAACCAAAAAACCAGUUGUCAUUAUGUCAAUUCCAACUCAUGGUGAACCCAUGUAUUGCAGAGUAGAACUGUGCUCCUUAGGGUUUUUCAUGGCAGUGACCGUCCGGAGGCAGAUUUCCAGGUACCUCUGGGUGGUUUGAACUGCCAACCUUUUUGUUAGUACUGCAUGCUUAUCCAUUUAUACCACCCAGGGACUCCUCAAAAAAAAAAAAAAAGGAUAAUAUAAAGGUGGUUGUGAAAACUCAACAGGUAAGGUUAUUGUUUGUAACCUUGGGUAAGUUUACCCCUUCCACCUCACGUUUCCUCAUUUGUAGCGUGAGUAUAAUAACAGCUAAGUAAUAGAGUUAUUAAGGAGCCCUGGUGGUGCAGUGGUUAAAACGCUCAGCUGCUAACCAGAGGGUUGGCGGUUCGGACCCACCAGCUGCUCUGCAGGAGAAAGAUGUAGCAGUCUGCUUCCGUAAAGAUUUACAGCCUGGAAACCCUAUGGAGUAGUUCUGCUUUGUCCUAUAGAGUCACUGAGUCGGAAUCAACUUGAUGACAGUGGGUUUGGUUUUGAUUUAAUAGAGUAAUUAUGAAGGUUUAGUGAGAUAAUACAUGUAAGUGCUCAUUAGAAAUUGUUAUUGUUACUUAUUAUUAAUUCAGUUUCAGAACAAGUUAGACAAAUUCUGAGUUAAAGAAUUCGUGCAGAUAUUUAAUAUAUUAUUUUGGGGAUGUUUACUCUGAAUUUUGGGGUAUAAACUUAUUAUUCAUAGCUCCUAGUGUUUUCUUAAGACAGCAGUUCUCAAAUUGUGGUGUACAGACCCCUGGGAUUCUCUGAGCCUGUCCAGGAGGUCUGUGAAGUUAAAUUUAUUUUCAUAGUGGUUAUCAUUUGCCUUUUUUGCUACUUUGACAUUUGCCCUGCUAGUGUAAAAGCAAUGGUGGGUAAAAUUGUGGGCAUCUUGGUAGAUAUUAAAUGCCAGGGACACUGAACUGUACUAGUAAUCAUUGUAUUCUUCACUGUCAUGCAUUCACAGUAAAAAAAAAAAAAAAAAAAGCCAGUUUAUUUGACAGUGUCCUUGAUGAAGCAGUAAAAGUUAGUAAUUUUAUGAAAUUUCAACCUUGGAGUACACUUUGUUUUGAUAUUCUGUGUAAUGAAAUGGGAAAUACGCACUUCACUACAUACCCAGAGCACAUUAUUUGUCUCGGGGAAAACCUCUAUAUAGUUGUCCAAGUUGCGAGCUGAACUAGCCACAUUUUUCAUGAACAUCAUUUUUCUUGAAAAAGUGACUACCAGAGAAAGUAUAUUUGUUCAGAUUUAGUUAUCUGGCAGACAUUUUCUUGAAAAUGAGCAAAUUGAGCCUGUCCCUUCAAUGAAAACAACCGACAGUAUUUGUUGCCAACAAUGAAAUUUGAACUUCCAAGUGAAAAUUAAAAUUUUGGAAAACUUGUAUUGCCUGCUCUGUUCUUGUCAGCUUCCCAAUACUUAAAGAUUUUUCUGAUGAGGUGGGUGGUGAUAUUAAGGAAUGUGAGUUUUUGCUGUUGUAUAAUGAAUUGUGUCAGCACGUAGAACAGCUGUCUAAUUCAGUGAAUGAAUAUUUUCAAAGUGACCAAUGUUAGAAAAUUAUGCAUAAAAAGAUUCUUUCAAAGAGCGAGUAACUGUGUAGAAAGUUGAUGUGGUUAUAGGUUCCAUAAAUCCUUCUUGUCAAGUUUUGGUGUAGUAUCGAAGAAGAAUGUCUGCAACUUUGUGAAAAAAUUAUUGGUAUUAAAGUAUUUUUCCUUUUUUUCUCACUACGUAUUUCUGUGAGGUACUGUUUCAUAUAGUUCAGUCAAAACAGCGUAUCACAACAGAUUGAAUGUAGGAGCAGGUAGUGAGAAUAUUUAGCUCUUCUCUUGAGCUAGACAUGAAAAAUCUGCAAAAAUUGUAAAUCAGUAUCAUUUUUCUAAGUUUUUUUUGAAAAGUAACUUUUUUCAUAAAAAUACAUUAUCUUACUAAGUAUAUCAGCAUAUAUAAUUAAACAUUAAAUGCAUUAAUAAAAUGUUUAAAAUUUUUCUGUUAAAAGAUAUUUACAAAAUGCUUGAGAGAAAGGGGUUAGGUUCAUCAAAUGAGUAAAGUUUUACAGUCCUAAUCUUACCAGUAUUCCUUUGGAAUAUGUAUUACAUGCCUCUAGUUCCUUUUCCUGACUGUAGCUCCAAAUGGGCAGAGGACUCAUGUAUGUGUUUUUAAAGAAGAUUUUAGUUUUUAUUCAAGAUUCAUGCUACCUGUAUGGUUUCUACCCAAAAUUGAGAUAUGGUUAAUUGGACAUUUCGGUAAGCUUAUCCAUACUUGAUACCACUCUUUUGGCUGUGAGCUAUGAAUGCAGUUUUGGAGCUGUUAACCAUGGCAAGCUACCUCAUGGUUGUAGUGAAACUCAUUUUGUUGAAACUGAACUGCUGUUUUCUCUGACGUCCUUAUACCAGGAUUAUCUGUCUGCUGUAAUGCCUUCCUGACAUUUCAUAGCAGUUUUCCAGUAUAGUCAGUCCACAGUUUAUGAAUAGGUUAUGUUCCAGAUGUGUUUGUGAAUUGUUAUUUGUGAAAAUAUAAUAUGAAUUGCAGAUGGGUUCUAUAGUGCCAUUAAUAGUGUGGGCGUUACAACCUCAUUGUGGCCUAUUAAAAUCUUUCUGUGGGAAAUUAUGUUCUGACUUCUCGAAGUCUAGCCAAACAAGUUUCUUUCUCCAUUGCAAUCCAGCAGUGGCAGUGAGUCCCCCUUUCUCCUUUAGUAGCAGCAAGAGAGGCAUAAGCCCAAUCUAUAUUCUGAAGCAAUGCUCAAGAAACAGGCACCUUGAGUACCUUAGGAGUAGAUGACACAGGUGUAGAAACUUUGGGCUAAGUAGCAAUGGCGGAGGAAAAAGGAGAAGGGAUGUUCUUUAUGUUGCUUGGGGGUGGUAUAUUCUUUUUUUGGGACAAUUAACUGAAAAAUAAAAGAUGCCUGUAGUUGGGUCCUAAGUUGGGAAAUCAUCUAUAUAGAGUUGUAUUUUGUUGUCCUCUUAAGUCUGGUUAUCGGAAGAACUGAGCUCCAACGUCAGAAUGACAAGACUAUUGGGAAGGUUGAACUCAUAGAUUCAUAGGCCAGAGGUUUGAAUGUAAAAGGAAAAUGAUGAACUCCAGGUGUAAUUACGAUCAGGAGGAGUAGUGGAGACCAGGAGAGUGUUGGGAUAUGCAAGCUAUUAAUACGGGGCUCAGAACAUUCAAAUUAUAGGGUGAUUGUUGGAGCAGGGGAAACCACAGAAUGCUGUGACUUAGCCCACUGCCCUGGGGUCUCCGUCAGGAAAUCUAGAUUUUGGUACUGGUAAACAAUACGGGAAUUCCAUUAUGGAGAAUGGCUAAUAUAAAGUAGAAAUCCAGAACCAAGAGAACUUGGGGAAACAGUAAAGGCCAGUGUAGGUGAAGUGGAGUUUGACUUAAAGCUGAGCUUUGUCCUCUUCCUGACCAAGGACAGUACAGACCGCUGGGAUUGAGCCAAGGGUGAGGCAAGAGGGAGAACAAAGUGACUAUGAAUGGCCUGGAGUGACUAGCCUGGCCCAACAAAUACUUGUUAAAUGAAUGAAUGAAUGGAUGGAAGUGAGGCAGGGUAACAAAUAGGUCAUUACAGUCUUCCCACUCAGGUUCUUCAUCCAGUAGAUGCUAGGUGUCAUGUUGUCUGCCCACCAAAAAAAUCAUCUAGUCCAGGGGAUUUUCUGUAAAGGACCAGAUAAUAAAUAUUUUAGGCUUUAUGGGUCAAGUGGUCUCUGUUGUACAUAUUCUAGUCUGCCGUUGUAGUGUGAAACAGCCAUAGACAACACAUAUAUGCUUGAGUAUGGCUGUGUUCCAAUAAAACUUUAUUUAUGGACACUGAAAUUUGAAUUUCAUAUACUUUUUGCAUGUCACAAAAUAUUCUUUAAAAAAAUUAUUUUUUCCAACAUUUAAAAAGUAAAAAAAUCGUUCUUAGACCGUGGGCUGUAUAAGAAUAGGUAGUGGCUCUAGUUUGCUGAACCCUGCUUUAGUCAAAUGAAUGACUGUCAGUUAUGAUGCAGAAAGCUUAGCAGUACUGAAAUAGAUGUUCUCGAGGAAAUGCUGUUGGUGACACUGUCUUGUUUUAUAGGUGACACUGAUGAUAGAAAUCCAUUCAAGAAUUUAGAUGUGACAUCUGCAGCAGGUUCAAAUCUCUCAGCUAUGAGACAAACUGGAUACUUCAUAAGGAUUUUCAUCUAUUAUGCACAGAGAGCCAAAAUCUGUUACUGAAAUUGUCUGGGUUCUUCUGCAUUAAGCAGAUUGGACAUAUGCAAAGAGGAUCCCAGUAUAUCUGAAUCCUCAGGUUGUGCUUCAAGAAGACUUCAGGGAAGAACACAUUUUCUUCUUGCUGCAAAAAAGUUGCAAUAGAAAAAAAUGCUCAUUGGAAGAUUCAGACAUCAAGAAAACUUUUCAUCUCAACUAAUUCUUUGAGAACCACUUGAGAGUUUACUGUGAAACACAAUGUAAGGAGGCGUUGCUUUGACUGAGCCAGAAUCUGUGAAGGUUUGAAAGGGCCAAUGAGUGUUCUCAUCAUUGAGGCAUUCUAUGGAGGGUCCCAUAAACAGCUGGUGGAUCUGCUCCAAGAAGAGUUAGAAGACUGUGUCCUUUAUACCCUUCCUGCAAAGAAAUGGCACUGGAGAGCACGGACAUCAGCUCUAUAUUUCUCUCAGCAUGUUCCCAUCAGUGAGCAUUACAGGAUCCUCUUUGCAAGCUCAGUGCUUAACCUGACCGAACUGGCUGCCCUUCGGCCUGACCUUGGGAAAUUGAAAAAGAUUCUGUACUUCCACGAGAACCAAUUGGUGUAUCCUGUCAAGAAAUGUCAGGAGAGGGAUUUCCAAUAUGGAUACAACCAAAUUCUUUCAUGCCUGGUGGCUGAUGUGGUGGUAUUCAACUCAGUUUUUAAUAUGGAGUCAUUUCUCACUUCCAUUGGAAAAUUUAUGAAGCUGAUUCCUGAUCACAGACCCAGGGAUCUGGAAAGCAUCAUCAGACCCAAGUGCCAAGUUAUUUACUUUCCCAUCAGAUUUCCUGAUGUAAAAAGAUACAUGCCCAAGCACAAAAUAACCCAUUUAAAGAAGAUGCUCAGCCUUGAAAGGAAUAACGGUGCUGCUCCAUCCAUGGCCCUUCCUUCCCAACAGGAGCAGAGAGGUUCUGAGAGUGUAUUGAAGAAUUUUACUGGAGAGUCUGGACUUUGUGGUGCAGUCUCUGGCCUUGGAACAAUACAGCAAGAAAGCCUGGGUAGCUCAUUAAUGCAACUGUCAGACUUGAACCAGUCCAACUCAUCAGAUGAUUCAAACUCUUAUCAGGAGGAAAAGAAACAAAAUCCAACUCUUAAUCCCUCUGACACUUUGGGUGGAGUUGAUGAUCAGCAAAGACCAUUACACAUUGUCUGGCCUCACCGGUGGGAGCAUGAUAAAGAUCCAGAGAGUUUUUUUAAGGUAUUAAUGCGUCUAAAGGAGCUAGGACUCAAAUUCCACGUCUCUGUCCUUGGAGAAACCUUCACAGAUGUCCCAGAUAUAUUUUCAGAGGCCAAAAAGGCAUUGGGAUCGUCUGCCUUACACUGGGGCUACUUACCAAGCAAAGAUGACUAUUUCCAAGUACUGUGCAUGGCUGAUGUUGUCAUCUCAACAGCUAAGCAUGAAUUCUUUGGCGUGGCAAUGUUGGAAGCUGCGUAUUGUGGUUGUUACCCACUUUGUCCCAAGGAUUUGGUUUAUCCCGAAAUAUUCCCAGCUGAAUAUCUGUAUUCUACACCUGAACAGCUUUCAAAAAGGCUCCAGAAUUUCUGCAAGAGACCAGAUAUUAUAAGAAAACAUCUCUAUAAGCCCCAAGAGGCUUAUAAAAAUGAACCUGGAUUAAUGUAACUCAUUAGUUUAAAAGGAAGUAAAGGAAAGAUUCUACAAUUAUACUAAUGAGGAUAAGCCAUUCUUCCCAUCAUAAUGAAAUCUUCAGUCCUCAAAAAUUCAGGUGAAUGACAAGAAUGAAGUUUGGUGUUCAUUUCUGAACAACUUUAAAGAUGAUUUUCAAGAAUCAAAUAUUUGCAUUUUCUGAUUUAAUAAAAUGAUAUAAAAAUCCUCAGUUUGUUUAGAACUAGACUGUCAGUCUCAUCUCUCAAUAGCAGAGGCAAAAGGGAAAUAGUAUAAAUAGCAUCAUCGAGUCCCCUCACUCAUUAUCUUUUCUCCCAUUGUUUGAAUCAAGAUUUUACAUUGUUGAAAUAACAACACAAAGAGGCCCUACUAAAAGUCUAAGUAAUUGAACUAGGAUAAAUCUGCUUUACGAGCGUCUGAAGGUGGCUCUAGGCCAUGAGUAAUAUACCUUUUUACAUUCUUUGCAUGUAGCAUCUUCAUUUUACAUAAAUUCAGGAUAGUUUACAAUCUAUCAGUUUUAUAAUCCGGCAUAUUUUAAUUUUCCUGUGUUAAUUAUAACCCUCACACAUGAAAUACAGUCAUCUGCCUCUUUUCUCUCCUUCCCAUUUCAUGGCCUAAAAUACAUAUUUACAUAGUGAUACAUCAAAACAUGACUUUGUUUCUGCAGGAAACAGUUAAACUUCAAGAAAAACGGAGAGAACCAAAAAUGCAAUUUAACACCCAAUUUCAAGCUCAUUAUCUUUCAUUGUCUAUUAACUUGGCAAUGGUUCAGAAGGUAGCUCAUAAUAGUUUAAAAUGCUGACUGAACAGUUCCAGGCUUCAGUAUUACUCCUUGAGUCGAUACUAUUGUAUCAUAUACAGGGGAAGCUUCCCAGGGAAAACAGCCCUCCAAGGUUUACCUCAAUAUUUCUUAAUUUUUAAAGUUCCGUAGCAGUUUUGUUUGUGUAAAAUAUUAAUCAAAUUGAUCCUCACAUAGUAGACUACCAAAAUAUGCAGAAUAUGAAAACCGAGGAAAUAGAUCAAUAGCUAUUAAUGCAAAUAGAUUCAUUUCCUAUAUAUGACACGAAGCUAUUUUCGGAGUGGACGAUCAAGUUAUUUUUUUCUUUCAGGUGAAUUUUUGAUAAAGUAUCUGUAAGUGUAUUUCCAUCAUUAAAAUAUAUCAGUUUUUAACUUUGCUUCAGGUUAGGCCUUAUUAACCCUGUUACUCUGCAUCUGCUCAUUUUUAACCAUUUCGAAGUUACUGCAACAAGUUGCCUUUAGUUAGAAAACAGAUCUCUAGUUGAAAUAUUUUAAUGCAGCUACUGCCAUAAUUAUAAAAUGAAUGUCAGCUGUUAAAAAAUGAACUUGUUUCUCAUGCA